AUCACGGGCGUCGAGCCUCUCACCGCAGCGACUGCAGAUCUGACAUGUCAGAUGGGAAGGAGUACGAGACACGGGGGAUAAAACACACACAACCCCGCUAAAGAAGGAUGGAAACCCGGUUUGCGGAUGUGGAAACGAGCUGAUGUGACUCUUGCAGACUCCCUUGUUUCCAACUUGAGCCCCACAAGCUCAGGCUGCAGAUGCAACCUGUCACUUAUUAGGACCGUGCCAGUAAUCCGGGUUUUUUUUUUUUUUUUUUUCUUGCGGCGCUUCCUCUGAAAGGUCUUCCCGGACAGAGGAGACUACAAUGACAGAAACGGUGCAUGCAGUCGGGAUGGAGUGAGAAAAACGCGUCCACGCAGGAUGCGCAUCCCCAAACCGACAAGGAAGAAGGCGGAGAAAGCUGGUGGCGCACGUCAAGGGUUUUCCGCGGUGCAAGCGUGGAUUGAUCGUUUCCUCCACCUCCCUCCUGCAGCCGCCGGUGUCGGUGUAUGAUGGAGAGCUCCAAUGGCUCUGGCAGCGACACCAAACCACCGCAGAGCCAUCAGCACCUGCAGGAGAAGAAGCGCCUGAACCGUGCGCCGUCCCCGGCCAGACCUUUCCUGAAGGAUGCGCACUCCCGCUCCAAGACACCUGCCAUCGGACCCAAAUCCCCCAAAUCCCCCAAAUCCCCCAAACUCAGCAAGCAGCAGCAGCAGCAGCAGCAGUCUGCCUCAGUGUCCUUAGCGCACCCCAACCGCAGCUCCAGGCGCAACCCCACCGGGGCCAAAGAGAAGCCAGCCUCGGCCAAAAGUAGCAGCAGGUCCGCCCUGGUGAGAAUAAAGCCCUCCAAGGCGCCCCAGCAUGCGGCAGCCGAGCCCAAACCCGCCCAAACCAGCAUCAGCAGCCCGGUCCUGACCAAAGGCAGGAAGGGGAAACUAACCUCAGGGUCCCCGGGGCCUCCCAGCCAUGGAUCCCCGAUCCGGGUGCCGACCGGCGCGCCCCCGGGCCCGGGCCGGGUCAGCCAGACCGACAGCAGCUCCGACCUGUCCGACUGCUCGGACGAGCAGAGGCUGCUGGCCGCGGCCGCCAGCAGCGACGCCGAGUCCGGCACCGGCUCCAGCGACCGGGACCAGCUGGGGGGAGAGAACCAGGGAAGCAGGGACCAGCUGGGAGCCGGGGACCAGCUGGGAACAGCCGGGGACCCGCGGAUACGCGCAGACGCGCCGGCCGCCGCUCCGGUGCGCGCCAGCGCGUCUCCGGGAGCGCACGGAGACGGAGAGGAGCCCAAACCCGAGAAACCCUCCUCCGCCAGCGCACAACCCAAACUGCCAAAAGGUACCAGGAAUGUAACAGAGGACGAACUGAUGAGAGAAAUCGAAGAUUUGAGAUCUGAAAACGACUACCUCAAGGAUGAAGUGGACGAGCUCCGGGCGGAGAUGGAGGAGGUGCGAGACAACUACCUGGAGGAGGAGGUCUACCAGCUGCAGGAGCUGCGGCGGGAGCUGGACCGCUCCAACAAAAACUGCCGCAUUCUACAAUACCGCCUGCGAAAAGCUGAGCAGAAGAGCCUGCGGGUCGCCCAGACGGGCCACGUGGACGGAGAGCUGCUGCGCAGCCUGGAGCAGGAUCUGAAGGUUGCCAAAGACGUAUCGGUGCGUUUGCACAACGAGCUGGAGAGCGUGGAGGACAAACGCAGCCGGGCGGAGGAUGAGAACGAGAUGCUCAGACAAAAAAUCAUCGAGGUGGAGAUUUCCAAACAGGCACUGCACAACGAGCUGGAGAGGACUAAAGAGACUGCACUGAGGCGACGAGGAAGCAGAGAAGCUUUCAAAGAGAAGAAAUCAACAAGUCAGGAGGACAGUGCAGACCUCAGGUGUCAGCUCCAGUUCUCCAAAGAGGAGUCCGGCCUGAUGAGGAAGAAGAUGGCAAAGCUGGGUCGGGAGAAGGACGAACUUGAGCAGGAGCUGCAGAAGUACAAGACCGUUUACGGGGACAUCGACAGUCCCCUUCCUAUGGGGGAGUGCUCGUCCGGCGGCCCUCACACCACGCGAGAGGCCGAGCUCCGACUGCGUCUCAAGCUGGUGGAGGAGGAGGCGAACAUCCUUGGGAGGAAAAUUGUGGAGCUGGAGGUGGAGAACCGGAGCCUGAGAGCAGAAAACGAAGACAUCCGCAGUCAGUAUGAACGAGACUGCUUCGGGCGGGAGCCCUUCUCCAGCAUGCCCUCGUCGCCUUACGGCGGCGACGCGCUGGAGUCGGCCAGCGAGCUGCGCCGACAUCUCCAGUUUGUCGAGGAGGAGGCCGAGUUGUUGCGCCGCUCCAUCUCCGAGAUCGAGGACCACAACCGGCAGCUGACUUCUGAGCUGAACCGCUUCAAGUUCGGCCCCAGCAGCAGCGGCUCUGGCCCUGGCGGCGAGGACGGCGGCGAGGUGGGCUUCCUUAAACCCGGCAACGGUUCCAGCAGUGGGAUGAUGAUGGAGGAGCUGAAAUCAGCCCGGAUGCAGAUCAACGAACUGAGCGGGAAGGUGAUGAAGCUGCAGUACGAGAACCGUGUCCUCAUCUCCAACGUCCAGCGCUGUGAUCUGGCCGCACACCUCGGCAUGCGCACCGGCAGCCCCCGAGACAGCGACGUGGAGAGUGACGCCGGCCGGCGGGAAGCCAACGAUGCUGAGGAAGAAGCAGGGCGACUACUCCUCCUGCAGCCCAAGAGGGAGGGCCCCAUCGGAGGAGAGAGUGACUCCGAAGACCUGUUUGAGAAGACGGCAACCACCUCAGGGUUAGGCAGCAUCAAACCAUCCGACGGCAGUGAGCUCAGUGCCACCGAACUGGCCAAUCGCAGGAGAGAAGAGCGAGAGUCCUUCGCCAACGUGAAGAGAGAGGCGGACAGGCUCGGGAAGACGGUGGACCGCCUGAUCACGGACACGGACAGUCUCAUCUUUGAGGGGAGGCUGCUGGUGACGACGGGAGACGUCUCCGACGAAGGGGUAGCGUCCGGAUCCAAACCCGACUCUCAAGUCCUGGACACCAUCAACACCCGCAUGAAGGCUUUCCGCACCGAGCUGCACAUCUUCACGGAGAAACUGGACCACGUGGGGGAAGGGCUGAGGGAAAGGACGGACGACCUGUCGCCCAUGCCCAACCUCACGGAGUCCAGCAGCUUCCUGUCCACGGUCACCUCCAUGUCCCGGGACUCUCCUAUCGGGACCUUCGGGAGAGACCUGGUCACGGACUUCCAGUCCGUUCAGAGGGAUGAGCUGGAGUGGCGUCUAGGACAGGAGCGAGGCAUGGAGCCCCAGAGCCAGAGCCAGGUUGGGGCCCAGGGCAGGGGAGCCGCGGGACUCACUAGGUACCACAGGCCCCUGGCUUUAAGAAUAGAGCUCCGGGACACGUCGGCCUCUGAUGUCCAGUUUCGUCUGGAUCACGAGCGAAGGAUGAGAGCGACGACAGAGGAACGAGAGGCCGUCGUUACUCUGCCCCAGCAGGAUGAUGAGCAUUUGCAUCUGGAGGCGCAGCGGGAAGGUUUGGAGCUUCAGGGCCUUCAGACUCACGAGGUGCCCUGGACUCAGGAGAGACAAAUGCUGCAACAGGAGGUGCGCCUGUUCAGGCGCAACACCAUCAUCUUCUACAUGAAACUCAGGUGGAUUCUUAUGCACUGGAGGCUCGGCCGCAAGGACGACUCAGGGGACAAGACGUUGCAGCCGGAGUUUGAGAAGCUGGAGGGCUUCCCGGAGCUCGGAGCGACGAUGGAGCAGGUGGAGGGCGAGGCGGACCGAGACGACAGACUGUGUUUACCACAAACUACCGGGGACGGUGGGUCCAACACCGUCCCUCUGCCGUCCCCCGAUCGACACGUGCAGCAUCAAAGACAGCUUGGUGAGAACCGGCGAGUGGUGCAGGCCGUGCGGACGCUGCUGGAGGAGUUUCGAGAGGAGCUGCGGGAGGAGGAGGGAAGGCGAUGCCAACUUCAGCAGUCGUACGCCAAUGACAAGGCUGCCUGGGAGGUCAAGUGGGCAGAGAUGAAGUGCCAGGUUGCUCAGAUGGAGGAGGAGGGGAAGGUGCGAGGCGAGGCGCAGGGCGGUGAAGCCGAGCCCGCCAGAGACCCCGAGUGGGCCUUGAAGCAGGAGCGGGAGGAGCACCAGCGCCUGCUGGCCGAGAGCCACAACACGUCACUGGACCUCCGCUGGAGGCUGCAGCACGGCGAGAAGAGGUGGGGCUGCGAGAGGGCCGAGCUCCUGGAGCGCUUCGACCGGGAGCGGCAGGAGUGGGAGGGCAGCAUGAGGGAGCUCCAGCGCAGGAUGGAACGGAUGCAGAGAGAGCUGAACCCCAGGAGAGGCGAGGGCAUGGAUGUCAGAGACGGCAGCUCGGCCGGCCGAGGCGUGUUCUCCCCCCAGGACAGUCCCUGCAGCAUCCCAAGGUCGCCCCGCGGCCCGCGAUCCCCCAGCCCUGUCCUGGUGCCGUCCACGCGCUCCCACUCCGACUCCGAGGCCGUGCUGGAGGAGCAGGGCCCCAUGAGGCUGAGGAGCCCCACGGAGAACCUGUUCCUGGACGCGCUGUCUCUGGAUCCCCUCAGUGGUCUGGAGGCCCCCCCGCCCUCCCGACUGGACACGGAGAAGAGGUUCCCCUGCAUGACCGAGGCCCUCAACGAAAUCUCAGAGCAGGCAGGAUCUCCAGUUUACGAGGAGGACGAGGAGAUGAGGGAGGGGGGGAGUCUGCUCAGAGCCAAGUCGGUGUGCUCCAUGAGCGACUUCCAGCGGCUGAUGGACAGCUCGCCGUUCCUCCCCGAGAAAACGCUCCACGGCGAUCACGGCCAGGACGACGUCACCCCGCCUCUCUCCCCGGACGACCUCAAGUACAUCGAGGAGUUCAACAACAAGGGCUGGGACUUCCCGUCACCCGCCUCGGGGCCCCACGUGGUGCGGGAGCUGUGGACGGACACGCCCCAGGAGAUCCGGGAAGGGGGAGCCUGCCCCGAGGGGUUCCAGUCGGCGUCCUGGUUCCUCACCACCAGCGCCACCUUGACCACCAACACCCUGAAGCCCGAGCACUGCCACAAGUCCCCCGUCCGGGGCAACGGGGCCGUGCCGGCCGACGUGGGAGUGGAGCACUACGGCGUCCACAUCCUCCACAGCCCCACCAGACACGGAGCGGCCGAGCUCACCACCGCCCCAGACCCGGACGUCCUGUAUGCAAAGGCGGCCAAAGGCCGAGGCGGAGGGGAGGGGGCGGUGGGGGCCGGCGGGCCGGACGAGGUGUUCGGGGGCUCCCGGUGGCUCCUGGAGGGGGGGGCGUUGAGGACUUCCCCUAGUCAGUCUCCUAUCUGCCCCGCGGUGGGAUAUGCAUCCUCUCUGGAGCUUCAGCUCUCCAGGAACAUGAGCGACGACAUGAAGGAGGUGGCCAUCUCUGUGAGGAACGCCAUCCGGUCUCCGCCGGGGCCCGCGGUGCGCGACACGGCCUGCCAGACCAACGGGUUCACCACGCGCGGCACUCAGACCACCCAGACCAUCAGCGUGGGUCUUCAGACGGACCUGCUGAGGAACCUCACCAGCAGCCCCCACCGGUGCCUCACGCCCAAAGGCGGCGGCACCCCCAUCUCAUCCCCGUCACGCAGCCUGAGGAAGAUCCAGUACUCCCCCGUGGUGCAGAGCAAGUUCGAGCGACCCUGCUGCUCGCCCAAGUACGGCUCCCCGAAGCUGCAGCGCAAGCUGUCCGCCACCACCAAGCCGGAGCUGCCCAACAACAGCCGUGCCCCGACGCCCACCACGCCCCAGAAGGGCAACAGCGAGUCGGCGUGGGCGCGCUCCACCACCACCCGCGACAGCCCCGUCCACACCACCAUCAACGACGGCCUGUCCAGCCUCUUCAACAUCAUCGACCACACGCCCGUGGCCUACGACUCCAUCCAGAAGUUCAACAAGUCGCCGAGCCGCUCGCGGCCCACGCCGCCGCCCACCGGCGAGCCCAGCCCGGCCCACGUGGCCCUCGCCGCCCUGGCCGCCGUCGCCGACCCCUGGAGCGUGCAGGUGCAGGAGGCCCAGCGGGCCCCGCGGGGGCGCUCGCCCAGCCCCGUGCAGCUCAUAGUGGAGACGCAGGGGGACAGAAACCCGGAGGUGGUGAGCAUCCGGCAGGACCUGUCGGCCCCGCCGGGCUACACGCUGGCCGAGAACGCGGCCCGCAUCGUCAGCAAGAAGCUGCAGGAGCAGAACUUCAGGGAGGACCGGAGGCUGCAGGCGGGGGGGCCGGCCGGCCACGGCAGGGACGCCGGCAGGCCGGCCGACCCGGACAGAGGACAGUCUGGAUGUAUGGAGGACCUGCCUCGCUCUCCGGUGGCGCCGCCCCUGGAUUCCUGCUUCUUGAGGCCGGCCCGACCGGCCAACCGCCGACCCCCCUCCCGCUGGGCCUCCCGCUCCCCGUCCUCCUCCCCCAAGUGGAGCGAGGGCACCAAGAGGAGGUUCACCUUCCCACCGCCGGGGCACCGGAAGCCCAUCCUGGAGGGGGAGGAGCCGGCGUGAGGCCGUUCCUCGGCCUCCACCUCAGCCUACCAAGACCCAGUACCUCAGAAAAACCCCCAGAACUAGAGACUAGAGGUGGAGCCUGAAGGGGUGGAAGGGGUGGGGGGGGGGGUCAGGAUCCACCAAGUAGCACCAGCUGACCAUCGAUGAACCAGAAGAUCCUGGAACGUACUGUAAAAUCACUGACAUCCACACAUGAAUCAACAAAUCAUGACAGGUGCCUGUAGACUUGAGUUGAUCAUCUCCCCACGGAUGUGUGUGUGUGCGUAUAUAUGAAUUUAAUACAUCCACAUAUAAUUUAGCCCAAACUCUCAACCUUUUUUCAGGUGAAAACCGUAAGACCGCUCUUGCGUUUGUGUGAAGUUUACACGAUUUUAUCCUCGCCGGUUUACAUUUUCUUUAAAUCAUUUCCCUUUCUUCAUUUCCUCCUAUGACAUUGUAGUACAGCCUCACUUUUUCGUUAUUUUAAUUUAAUUUGAUGGUUUGGUUAUCAGUUUAGGUACAAAGGGGAAGAACAGCUGCACAAGCAAAAAAAAAAAAACGGGAAAAAAACUAACAAUUUCUGCUUCAUCUGGUCUGAAGCAGACACAUGAUGUCAUUUCUGAUGCUAUCGUCCAUAUUUAUUUCUACGUUGGGAUGAAGGUGUCGGUAGGAGACGGGCGACGGCAGCCUGGAGAACCUUAUGCAUAUUUGGCAGGCGGCUGUACGGAUAUCAGUCAAGUCUUUGCAUGCCUUUUCAACAAGUAGCACUUUAGUGCAUGUACAUAUGAACUCUAGUGUCCGUGGUCACGCGUCGUGGUCACGAAGGGGAAAAAAACAAAAAACUAAAGAAAAAACAGACUGAUUGUGAAAGGAACUCUUGAGAUGUUGUUUCUGUUGUCUCAUUAUUUGCAUCAACUAAAAUAAGAACAGUUUUUAAGUAAAUUAUUGUACCUGCCAGGUUGUCUUUGUUACUCUUGGAUAAGAAAAAUAUUCUCUUUUGACAAGAAAAAGGGAUCAUGGGAUAAAAAAAAUAUGAAUGUUUUAAAUGAAAAGUCUAUGUCAAGAAGUCUAACAAACUAUAGUCUUAUGUAAAUACUAAAUGGAAAUAAA